AUGCAGUGCGGAUUUGCAUUUCUUGAAGCUGGUGCGGUGCGAAGUAAGAACACAACAAAUAUUCUAAUCAAGAAUCUGCUCGAUUCAUGUAUCGCAAUUAUUGGAUACUGGUCACUUGGUUGGGCAUUUGCUUACGGUAACUCCUCGAACAACGUUGUUGGACUAUUUAUUGGACAUACUCAAUUCUUUCUGGCUGGAUUCACCGAUUAUCCGAAGUUCUUCUUCCAAUACGUGUUCGCAGCCACAUCCGCCACUAUUGUCUCCGGAGCUGUGGCGGAACGAUGCGAAUUCGCUAACUACAUUACUUAUUGUACUGUUAUCUCAACCUUCGUCUACCCUAUUCUUACGCAUUGGGGAUGGCAUCCACAAGGUUGGAUGUACCUUGGGAUUGAAACGGCUGAUAUUCACACUACAUAUCUGGACUUUGCUGGUGCUGGUGUUGUACAUCUAUGUGGCGGUACUAUUUCUUUCGCCGCUGCAUACAUUAUCGGACCGAGGAUAGGCAGAUUCCCUGAGGAUGGAGAAGAGGAAUCAAUCGAAAUCAAAGGUCAUAGUGUUCCGUUCGCCGCACUUGGAGGUUUUAUUCUUAUGUUCGGUUUCCUCGCUUUCAAUGGAGGAUCAAUGGCUGAUAUUGUGAAGCCGGGAGAAGGAAAUAUCGUGGCUCUUGCUAUGGUUAACACUAUUUUAUGUGGUGCAUUUGCUGCACUUACAUUUCUCAUCAUUCAUUUUCUUACAAUGGGGAAAUGGACUCUGCUGCUGACGAUAAACGCUUGUUUAGCAGGAAUGGUAUCAGCAUGCGCUGGUUGCAACCGAAUGGAACCAUGGGCUUCGUCAUUCACGGGUAUCGGAGCUGGCCUAGUAUAUUUAGGGCUUAGCCAUUUCAUGAUAAAGAUGAAAGUAGACGACCCUUUGGACGCAUUCGCUGUUCAUGCUGGUGGUGGUUUUUGGGGUCUUUUGUCAACAUGUAUUAUUGCUCAUGAUGGAAUUGUGUACGCUUUUUCGGAUGCUAUCGCUGGUAAUUAUGGAUCACUUUCCUGCAGACGAGCCUUUGCUCAACUAGGAUGGCAGCUGAUCUGUGCUCUUGCGAUCAUCAUAUGGUCAUUAUUGUGGAUGGUUCCGAUUUUUUUGUUCUUAAAAAAGAUAGGAAAGUUGCGAGUUAGUGCCGAAGUUGAAAUUAACGGUCUGGAUAUCUAUAAGCACGGUGAACUUUUUUUUUUGCGAGUUAGUGCCGAAGUUGAAAUUAACGGUCUGGAUAUCUAUAAGCACGGUGAAGCUGCGUAUCCACUACAUGCAUAUGGACAUGGUUGGGAUGAAUAUGAAUCAAUUAAGGACAAAUCAGCAGGGAAAUUUGCUAAACAUCGUAAACUCAGUGAUCACGCCGAAAUUUCACUGGAGCAACUAGCAGCCGCCUACGAAAGAAGAACAAGCGUCGCUCCAAUAGCAUUGCUGAACUCAGCCGCAAACGGUGAUGGACCACGACGAAAAAGUCUCUACGUUAAUCCAUCCCAUUACGAACAUCCAGAACAUCAUUCACAAGCUAAGGAAAAGAGUCGGGUGCAAAAACGGGUCACGCAUAAUCCAGACGUAGAGGUGGGGUUCAGUUCAGUUCCUACUACAGCUAAAUCGUCUAAAGCGGAUAUUAUUAGUGAAUUGUAUGAAGAUGGACCUCAACAGAUGUACUUGUAG